CUGACAUUUUCACCCGGCACCACCAAUCUAGAGCCCAUGAGACUGUCUUUGGGCAGCAUCUCCUCGUGUGCUGGUCAAGUGAUCUAUAUCCCUUAUGUCUCAAGUUUCGAAUUCGUUGAAGUGACCUACAGUCCGGACCAUGGCUUCACCAGCUCUCCAACUCACAUCUACCCAACCACCACGAACCACACGAGGCCGGUUGAAUUUACCUUCAUCGGCAUUCUGCCGGACACGUUUUACAACGUCACAGUGGUCACGGUCCUUAAUUCGUCGCUCCAUUCAAGGAGUAACCCCUCGCACAUCUCUUUUAAAACAGAAUCUCCUGCAAAUGGCAAUGUUGCAGUUACUGCACUAUCUGCAGAUUCUUUUCAGUUCGGAUGGUACCACAGCACGCAGGAUUACAAUUACAUACGAUUCAACCUGGAUGACGAGAACAAGACUGCGUGCGAGAAUGAAACCCUCUUUGCUCUUGGCAACGGCAGCGAGAUUUCUAACAUCACAGACCUCCAAUCUGGUCAGAAAUACAACGUCUUCAUUGAUCAGGAUGGUGUGUGCGAAACCCUUCAGCAGUACACACGUCCGUUACCACCAGUCAACAUAAAGACUACCAACAGACAACUGACCUCCCUCGUAAUCGACUGGUACGACCCAGGCCACGAAACCAUGUUUGACUGGUACUACGUCGCCUUUGAGAGAGCGAAUGAACUUGGUAACUUUACGGAGGUGGGGUACCUCUAUUCGAACAUGACCUCGGUCUUCCUUGAAGGACUGAUGCCGAGCACAGAGUACCUAAUCGAUGUGUCUACGGUCGUGGGCGAGGGAAAUGCUCAGACUUUCAGCGACGGGGAAUUGUUUUCUGCAUACACAGUACCCUUUAGCCCUGCCAAUCUGUCUUUGGGUAGCAUCUCCUCUUGCGCUGGUCAAGUGACCUGGGAUAUCCCUGAAGGAAAUUACGAUUUCUUUGAAGUGACCUACAGUCCGGACCAUGGCUUCACCGACUCUCCAGCCCACAUCUACCGGAGCGACAUCACCAAGAACCAAACCAGGGUUGAAUUUUCCUUCAUCGGCAUUUAUCCGGACACCCGUUACCACGUCACAGUGAUCACGGUCUUUGGGGCCCUUGAUGUGAGGAGUGAGCCGAGGAACAUCGAUUUCAGAACAGAAUCUCCUGCAAAUGGCAAUGUUGCAGUUACUGCACUAUCUGCAGAUUCUUUUCAGUUCGGAUGGUACCACAGCACGCAGGAUUACAAUUACAUACGAUUCAACCUGGAUGACGAGAACAAGACUGCGUGCGAGAAUGAAACCCUCUUUGCUCUUGGCAACGGCAGCGAGAUUUCUAACAUCACAGACCUCCAAUCUGGUCAGAAAUACAACGUCUUCAUUGAUCAGGAUGGUGUGUGCGAAACCCUUCAGCAGUACACACGUCCGUUACCACCAGUCAACAUAAAGACUACCAACAGACAACUGACCUCCCUCGUAAUCGACUGGUACGACCCAGGCAACGAAACCAUGUUUGACUGGUACUACGUCGCCUUUGAGAGAGCGAAUGAACUUGGUAACUUUACGGAGGUGGGGUACCUCUAUUCGAACAUGACCUCGGUCUUCCUUGAAGGACUGAUGCCGAGCACAGAGUACCUAAUCGAUGUGUCUACGGUCGUGGGCGAGGGAAAUGCCCAGACUUUCAGCGACGGGGAACUGUUUUCUGCAUACACAGUACCCUUUAGCCCUGCCAAUCUUUCUUUGGGUAGCAUCUCCUCUUGCGCUGGUCAAGUGACCUGGGAUAUCCCUGAAGGAAAUUACGAUUUCUUUGAAGUGACCUACAGUCCGGACCAUGGCUUCACCGACUCUCCAGCCCACAUCUACCGGAGCGACAUCACCAAGAACCAAACCAGGGUUGAAUUUUCCUUCAUCGGCAUUUAUCCGGACACCCGUUACCACGUCACAGUGAUCACGGUCUUUGGGGCCCUCGAUGUGAGGAGUGAGCCGAGGAACAUCGAUUUCAGAACAGAAUCUCCUGCAAAUGGCAAUGUUGCAGUUACUGCACUAUCUGCGGAUUCUUUUCAGUUCGGAUGGUACCACAGCACGCAGGAUUACAAUUACAUACGAUUCAACCUGGAUGACGAGAGCAAGACUGCGUGCGAGAAUGAAACCCUCUUUGCUCUUGGCAACGGCAGCGAGAUUUCUAACAUCACAGACCUCCAAUCUGGUCAGAAAUACAACGUCUUCAUUGAUCAGGAUGGUGUGUGCGAAACCCUUCAGCAGUACACACGUCCGUUACCACCAGUCAACAUAAAGACUACCAACAGACAACUGACCUCCCUCGUAAUCGACUGGUACGACCCAGGCAACGAAACCAUGUUUGACUGGUACUACGUCGCCUUUGAGAGAGCGAAUGAGCUUGGUAACUUUACGGAGGUGGGGUACCUCUAUCCAAACAUGACAUCGGUCUUCCUUGAAGGACUGAUGCCGAGCACAGAGUAUCUAAUAGAUGUGUCUACGGUCGUGGGCGAGGGAAAUGCCCAGACUUUCAGCGACGGGGAACUGUUUUCUGCAUACACAGUACCCUUUAGCCCUGCCAAUCUGUCUUUGGGUAGUAUCUCCUCUUGCGCUGGUCAAGUGACCUGGGAUAUCCCUGAAGGAAAUUACGAUUUCUUUGAAGUGACCUACAGUCCGGACCAUGGCUUCACCGACUCUCCAGCCCACAUCUACCGGAGCGACAUCACCAAGAACCAAACCAGGGUUGAAUUUUCCUUCAUCGGCAUUUAUCCGGACACCCGUUACCACGUCACAGUGAUCACGGUCUUUGGGGCCCUCGAUGUGAGGAGUGAGCCGAGGAACAUCGAUUUCAGAACAGAAUCUCCUGCAAAUGGCAAUGUUGCAGUUACUGCACUAUCUGCAGAUUCUUUUCAGUUCGGAUGGUACCACAGCACGCAGGAUUACAAUUACAUACGAUUCAACGUGGAUGACGAGAGCAAGACUGCGUGCGAGAAUGAAACCCUUUUUGCUCUUGGCAACGGCAGCGAGAUUUCUAAUAUCACAGACCUCCAAUCUGGUCAGAAAUACAACGUAUUCAUUGAUCAGGAUGGUCUGUGCGAAACCCUUCAGCAGUACACACGUCCGUUACCACCAGUCAACAUACAGACUACCAACAGACAACUGACCUCCCUCUUAAUCGACUGGUCUGACCCAGGCAACGAAACCAUGUUUGACUGGUACUACGUCACCUUUGAGAGAGCGAAUGAGCUUGGUAACUUUACGGAGGUGGGGUACCUCUAUCCAAACAUGACAUCGGUUUUACUUGAAGGACUGAUGCCGAGCACAGAGUAUCUAAUCGAUGUGUCUACGGUCGUGGGCGAGGGAAAUGCCCAGACUUUCAGCGACGGGGAACUGUUUUCUGCAUACACAGUACCCUUUAGCCCUGCCAAUCUGUCUUUGGGUAGAAUCUCCUCUUGUGCUGGUCAAGUGGCCUGGAAUAUCCCUGAAGGCGAUUACGACUUCUUUGAAGUGACCUACAGUCCGGACCAUGGCUUCACCGACUCUCCAGCCCACAUCUACCGGAGUGACAUCAUCAAGAACCAAACCAGGGUUGAAUUUCCCUUCAUCGGUAUUCUGCCGGACACCGAUUACAAUGUCACAGUGGUCACGGUCUUUGGGGCCCUCGAUGUGAGGAGUGAGCCAAGGAAGAUCGAUUUCAGAACAGAAUCUCCUGCAAAUGGCAAUGUAGCAGUUACUGCACUGUCUGCAGAUUCUUUUCAGGUCGGAUGGGACAAGAGCACGCAGGAUUACGUUUACAUAGAAUUUAGCCUGGGUUGCGGUUGCGGGAACGAAACCCUCUAUGGUCUUUUCAACGACAGCGAGUAUGUUAACUUCACAGACCUCCAAUCUGGUCAGAAAUACAACGUCUUCAUUGAUCAGGAUGGUGUGUGUGAAACCAUUCAGCAGUACACACGUCCGUUACCACCAGUCAACAUAAAGACUGCCGACAGACAACUGACCUCCCUCGUAAUCGACUGGUCCGACCCAGGCAACGAAACCAUAUUUGACUGGUACUACGUCGCCUUUGAGAGAGCGAAUGAGCUUGGUAACUUUAUGGAGGUGGGGUACCUCUAUCCAAACAUGACAUCGGUCUUCCUUCAAGGACUGAUGCCGAGCACAGAGUAUCUAAUCAAUGUGUCUACGGUCGUGGGCGAGGGAAAUGCCCAGACUUUCAGCGACGGGGAAUUGUUUUCUGCAUACACAGUACCCUUUAGCCCUGCCAAUCUGUCUUUGGGUAGAAUCUCCUCUUGUGCUGGUCAAGUGGCCUGGAAUAUCCCUGAAGGCGAUUACGACUUCUUUGAAGUGACCUACAGUCCGGACCAUGGCUUCACCGACUCUCCAGCCCACAUCUACCGGAGUGACAUCAUCAAGAACCAAACCAGGGUUGAAUUUCCCUUCAUCGGUAUUCUGCCGGACACCGAUUACAAUGUCACAGUGGUCACGGUCUUUGGGGCCAUCGAUGUGAGGAGUGAGCCAAGGAAGAUCGAUUUUAGAACAGAAUCUCCUGCAAAUGGCAUUGUAGCAGUUACUGCACUGUCUGCAGAUUCUUUUCAGGUCGGAUGGGACAAGAGCACGCAGGAUUACGUUUACAUAGAAUUUAGCCUGGGUUGCGCUUGUGGGAACGAAACCCUCUAUGGUCUUUUCAACGACCGCGAGUAUGUUUACUUCACAGACCUUCAAUCUGGUCAGAAAUACAACGUCUUCAUUGAUCAGGAUGGUGUGUGUGAAACCCUUCAGCAGUACACACGUCCGUUACCACCAGUCAACAUACAGACUACCAACAGACAACUGACCUCCCUCUUAAUCGACUGGUCUGACCCAGGCAACGAAACCAUGUUUGACUGGUACUACGUCGCCUUCGAGAGAGCGAAUGAGCUUGGUAACUUUACGGAGGUGGGGUACUUCCUUCCGAACACGACCUCGGUUUUACUUGAAGGACUAAUGCUGAGCACAGAGUAUCUAAUCGAUGUAUCUACGGUCGUGGGCGAAGGAAAUGCUCAGACUUUCAGCGACGGGGAAUUGAUUUCGGCAUACACAGCUUCAUUUGCCCAGAUUCUCAGUCUGGCCGUAACCUCUAAAGGCAACACCGAAUUCACCGUGACCUGGCAAGACCUGGGCACCGAUGCCUUUAACCAGUACUGCGUCAGGUAUGAACCAUACGAGGCGAGGGCAAACAGACAGCAGGAGAGGUUUCCUGUAAAGCGGAACUACCGAUCUGCCCGGUUCUAUGGUCUAGAUCCGGGCCAGAUGUACACAGUUUAUGUCACAAGCUGCUCCUCAUACUCGCAGGAAACGAGCUAUCUAAAUGAAAGCAUUUCGUUCAGAUUAGAUCCAGCCGCCAUCGCAGAGAUCCGCAUCAUUGGCGGCUCCCUCGGUCCUCGCGCUGUGACGCUGGAAUGGGACCAACCCGAGGGUAUCCGUGGACUCUACAAAGUGACCCUUGACCCCGCAGACGAGGGCAGUGUGGAUGGGGAUGAGCUUCUUGUCAACAUUACUGGCGACAUGACCAGUGCCAAAAUCCAGAACUUGGCAGCUGGCCAUGGCUAUACAGUUGGAAUUAUUGCUAUCAGUGGAGACAAAAGAAGCGAAGACACAACCCUCCUAUUUUACACAUUACCUGAUCCUCCUCAAAACCUUAUCCUCUCUGAGAUCGGGGAAGACACAGCAAGGUUAUCCUGGGCAGCUCCUGAUGAAAUGAACUUCCCUAUUGUCAGUGUUGUCAUGACAACGAUGCCAGCGACGAUGAGUGUGACCUUGAAUCUUGACACCAACACAAUUGUGCUGUCCAAGCUGGUCCCGGGGGAAACUUAUACUGUCCGACUUGCAUCAGUGAUACGGCCAGAUGAUGCACCGAACCAGGCAGAGGUGAUUGGGGAGCCUCAGGUGUCUUCCCCCUUCCUGAUGAAACCUGCAUUACCAUCCGACAUCUCUGAAACCAACAAGGAGUUGACACGAGUCACGGUAACGUGGCAGCCAAGCGUGGGAGUAGUUGCAAGAUAUUGGUACACCUACGGCAUUUCGGGUUCCGCGGUCCUGGCCAACGAAACCACCACACCGACCAACACCUUCAUCCAGCUGUCCAACCUGAUACCCAGCACGCGCUACGAGUUCCGCCUGUGGGCAGAAAGCGAUCAGACGGACGGAAGUGAAACAAGGUCCAGUGAUGUCGUAACAGUUGAUAUCGUCACAAAGCAAUACAGCCCAUAUUUCACCGGAAGCAAGGCUACCGCUACUUCUAUUACAUGGAUAUGGAGCUUGCCAUUUGCGAGUGUUACCGUUACGAAUUUUGUAAUCUCAAUCAAAGAAAACACGGGCACUACCAUCAACACGCUUCGGGUACAAAGCCUGAGUCAUACCGAGGAGAAUCUGAUCUCAUACACAGCUUAUUUCGCUGUUCUCCAGGCUGUCUACGUCAAUGUCCCUAGCGAUCCUGUCAGUGCACUCCCAGUAACAACACUGCCAUCCAUGCCUAGUGAGGUCAGUGGACUGACCAUCACCCAGACUGGAAUCCUCGAUGCUCAGGUCAGCUGGUCUUCUCCUCUGCUUCCAAAUGGCGUCAUUGCCAACUACACCCUGGCCAUUCACAUCUCACUUGACGAUGGUACCCUCUCUCCAUACAGGGAAAUUGCCACCAUUAGGGCUGUGAAUGGGCAGACAGAUUACUCACAGGAUGUCAUUGGCUUGGCUGUAGGGCAGUACUACGUUUUCUCGGUGUACGCUACCAACCAGGUCGCAUCAAGCAAUCGAAGGUCGACCACGAGAACCCUGUUUGCUGAAACAGCUCCACCAGCUCCACCUCGUGGAGCAACUCCGUUGUUGGUCUCUCGAGGCAUCACCACUAUCACCAUCACUUUUUACAACCUUUUUGAUACGAGUUUUGGACGCAUCGUGCGCUUAGCAAUCAUCGGGCAGGAACGAGUGGAUGGCGGUACAAUUGUCAACACAGCCAAACGUCAGAACACAUUUGAGCUUACCUGGGCCGAAGCCAGAAGAACACGCCCUGUUCCCGUCUACCAGCCCACGCCUAACGACUAUAACCCCUUUGCUGAUGGAGCACCUGUAGCCACCUUCAGAGUUGGGUCGGAGAAUUGUGAUCCUGACGACCUCACUGUCUAUUGCAACGGGGCUCUCUACCCUGCCACUUAUUACAGAUUUGCUAUUAGAGCGUAUGGUGUUGACGGCAAGUAUGUGGAUACUGAAUUUAGCUCGCUAUUUAGAACAGAUCCUGACAGAGAAAUAUUUGUCAUCCCGGCAACUGUCCUAGUCAUCAUCGUAUUCACCAUCCUCGCCAUCUUCAUGGCCAUGGGAUUCGGAUGCUGCGGAAAACCAAAUGGUGGUAUGCACUCUGACGACAAUAAUGUAUAUCCCAUUGGCUACAUGUAUAGUAAUGGCAACGGCAUUAUGAAGAGGGUGCUGAUCAGCGAUGGAGUAAAUACGACGUACGCAUACAGGCAGCCGCGAAUGAUGGAGCACUCGUUCACGAACAUACCGGAUUACUCCACGAUACCACCUAACGAGGGGACCUCAGCCCAAGUCCACCAACCUGCGACCACACAUUCACGUCCUAGCAAGAAGAUUAUGUUUGCCCAACAUGUUGCAAAGAUGUCUGCUCGCAACAAUGAUGGCUUCAGUGAUGAAUACAACAGUUUGCCAGCAAUGGAAAAGAUUCGAGCGGUGACUGUGGCUCGAAAUGCCAGAAAUGAUGAUAAGAAUAGAUUCAGGAACAUCUUGCCUUAUGACUACAACAGAGUCCAACUGAAAGGAGAAGCCGGUAACGAUUACAUCAAUGCAAGUUACAUUGCGGAUGAUCAAGGAAACAGGAAGUACAUUGCGACCCAAGGACCCUUGCCAAACACCAUUGACCACUUCUGGGAGAUGGUUUGGGAGACCAAGGCCAGUACCAUUGUGAUGAUGACUGCAUUGGUGGAAGGAGGAAAGACCAAAUGCGAGCACUACUGGCCAACUGGACAAAAGCCCCAUCUGCAUGGCAACGUGACGGUCACCCUUGUUGGUAGUAAGCAGACCGAGCACUUCAUUCAGCGCACUCUACUCAUAGGAAAGAAGGGUACAGAACUCACCGUGACCCACUACCAAUACCUCGCCUGGACCGACCAUGGCGUGCCCGCGUCCACUGCCCCUCUCGUCGCGCUACUCUAUCAGGUCAAGAUGACUAGCCAGGAAGAUGGGGCACUGACCGGUCCAAUCAUCGUUCACUGCAGUGCUGGUAUCGGAAGGACAGGAACAUUCAUCGCUGCUGAUAUGUUAAUGAAUGCCAUACAACGAUCCACUGCUACAGACUACAUCGACAUCGCUGGUACUGUAGCGAAGCUCAGAGAGCAGAGAACCAGCCUAGUUCAAACACUGUACCAAUACAUUUAUCUUCAUCGUAUCAUGCUUUCCUUGAUCGAGGAGUGAUAAGGAUCAUAUUCCAGAAUGGGUUUCUUCUACACACAGAUAAGAUCCACAUAUGACGCGGUAUACCACCUCGUAUAAACUGCUGCGGUUUCCUUACUUAUAAACCAAUGUCAACUGCACGCAACAAAGGUCCUCUAUAUUUACUUACAUGUAACUUAAUUUUUUUUUUUUAAGGAGACGGUACCACAGUGCAUAUCUGAAUAGGGCUUUAGUUUAAAAAAAAAAAAUGUGUUAAUUUUGCUUAGUAUGAAAGAUUUGUACAAUAUGUAUUAGAUUUGAGAGAAGAAAAAAUAUGCACAUAAGAGAUACAGGGCUGCAAAGGCCUACGAUUGAUUGGAGGACUUGCGAUUAAUUUGGAUCAAUCGCAACUCUUCUUAGGACGAGGCCUUGUAUGAAACUGUUUAGGUCUCUCAGGCAAACCUCCUAGCUUAUUAUGUGACGUGCGAACAAGAAAACUUGUAACAUAACAUUUAUCACUGUUCAGGGAAUCGUGUAAGAUUUUUAUUGAAUGGAGAAUAUUUUACUCGCGAGACUGAAUCAAUAUAUUUUAUAUGAUUUUAAAAAAAAGCAAAAAAAAUAGCAAAUAUACUCAGCAAGCUACAUAUCGCAUAUGAGUUAAACAUGUAUAUCUCAUUGAUUCAUUUGCUAUUAGAAAUUGGUUCAUGUCUUUCAUAAAUAAUUAGUCUUCCAGUUUGAAUAUGCAAACAAAAAAUCUUGAUUUUGCAUGUACAUUUAUACAUUAAUCAUUGUUUAUCCAUAUAUUGAUAAGUGUUCUUAUUAAUGUUUAUUGUACUUGCUAAAACAUAAAACCUUUAUAUUCAAGGGCUUCUAUAUAUCAGAGAUUACGUUAAGAAUAAUGUGUUUAUCAGUUCUAAUGUAUUCAUUGAGGAGACGUUGCAUACUUGCAUCAUUUUCCUUUGUUACUAGUACAUAGUACUAUAUUUUUCCAAGUCCUUAAUGAUUUCUUAUUUUGUACACCUACAAAAUGCAAUGAAAGUUAUUAUUUUUUUGAACUUAUCAUCAUCAUUUAUCCACUUGUAAUUGUUCAUAUUAUGUAUGUUAUAAGUCUCUAUUUUAAGUAUCACGUGUAAUAUGUCACAUGUAAUAUCAACUGGUGAAGGGUGAUACCUGUAUCAUAUAUCUGUAAAGCGCUUAGGCACAUCGUUGGAUCGGUGUAUUGAGCGCUAUAUAAAAAAACGGAUUAUUAUUAUUAUUAUAUAUGAUUUUCUGUAGUGAUAAAAAGUUAUAAGGUUAUGGGUUAUAUAACAUAUCAUAUCAAAGAGAAUAACAUGUUUUUUGUAUAAAAUAUCUUUUUGUAUAAUAUACAUGAUAAAUUUUAGCUUAUUUCUUUUCUUAUAUUGUGAUGACCAACCAAUGCCUAAGUUGUAAUGAAUUAUAUCUGUAUGUUUAGUUUUUGGUAAUGUCUUUUAUGUUUUCACAUACAUUUCUAAUGACACUUUUCGAAUUGUAAUAUGUGUAAAUAAAAAGGGAACUUGAGAUAGGCUUGACGCUUUAAUUACACAUAUAUUUGGUGUUAUCAAAACAUCAAACCUAUCUCAAGUUCCCUUUUACUCGUAUUGAGUAUCUGAGGAACAAACACUUCAACAAGCUCUGCUUCAUGUUAGUUCCUCUUUUCUUGUGCUUUUUCUAUCAUAUUUUUCGUUUCAUUGCACAUUUGUUGUGAUAUAAUUAUUCUUGUACUAUUUUUUGCAUAAUAAAUAAAAUCAUUUGAAGAAAAAAAAAAAUUAAAAAAAUAGAUGUGUAAUAUCAGUAUAUCACUUCGUUGGGAGAUAUAUUAUGCUCUUAAAGUGCAUUAUAACUUACUAUAUUCUCGGGACCACAUUGCAUAUUGAUAUUAGAAGUACUUAAAAUAAUAUUUGAAUGUCAUUUAUACUCGGCUAUUUUCAUAAUCUUUUUACGAGAGAUUCUUUUUUGCUGUAAUGCAAUGAUAAGUUACAGGGGCAGAUUUAAGGGGUAGUACUAUUUUUUAUUUUUCCACAUUGAAGCAAAUAUGUCAAGUUACAUGUAAGUGUUAAGUC